AUGAAGAAAACUCCAGAGGAGGUUGUCUUAAUCCUUGACGAACUAUCUGAGGAUGCUAACCAGUGGCCGAUUGAGAGUAAUGACAAAAGAAAAUCAGUUGGGGUUCACCAGGUGGACUCUAACACGUCCAUGCAAGCCCAGCUAGACACCAUGGCCAAGGAAAUAAGAAAGCUGACAUUGGCAAAUGUACAGAGUGAGUGCAAGCAGCAUGUGACUUUUGUGGAAUGGGACACCUUACACUUGAGUGCCAAGCAUCAGGUACUCACUCAGAAGCUUUCUUAUGCAAAGUUCUUGAAGGAAAUCCUGUACAACAAGAGAAAAUUAGAGGAGACAACAGUGGUCAAGUUGAAUGCCCACCGCAGUGCUAUAUUGCAAAACAAAAUUCCACAAAAGUGUGGGAACCCAAGAAGCUUCACCAUACCAUGCUCGUUGGUGAGUGAGAAAUUAGACAAGGCCCUCUGCGAUUCUGGUGCGUCUAUUAAUCUAAUGCCUCUGUCUGUAUUCAGGAAGCUGGAAGGUGAGCUUGGAGUGAUCAAAUCAAUACUAGUGUCCCUACAACUGGCUGACCAGACCACCAUUUUACCUGAGGGAAUCAUUGACGAUAUUCUAGUGAGGGUGGAAAAAUUUGUGCUCCCUGUAGACUUUAUUGUGGUGGAUAUGGAGGUAAACAAGGAGGUGCCUCUAAUUCUAAGGAGACCAUUUUCAUGUACAGGCAGAGCUAUCCUCGAUAUCUAUGAGGGGCAGCUUAUGCUUAGAGUGAGUAAUGAAAAAGUGCUAUUCCAGAUGAAGAGCAUGAUGAAAUACCCAAUGAUGAGGCGGCCGCCUACUCGUGUUUCAAGCCAAAUGUUGUUGGGGAAUUGGAUGUAA